GAAAGUCCACAUUGCGAAGUUCUCCCUACUGGUAGGAUUAAUCUUCGGCCACUUAAUAACAGGAUGUAUAGCUGACUGGGUUGGUCGACAGCCUGUACUGCUCUUCUCUGUCAUAUUCAUUUUGAUAUUUGGACUGACUGUGGCACUCUCAGUGAACGUGACCAUGUUCAGCACACUCAGGUUUUUUGAGGGGUUUUGCCUGGCUGGAAUAGUCCUCUCCCUGUACGCACUGCGGAUAGAGCUCUGUCCUCCUGGGCACCGGUUCAUGAUCACCAUGGUGGCGAGCUUCAUCGAAAUGGCAGGGCAGUUCCUCAUGCCGGGGCUGGCUGCUCUCUGCAGGGACUGGCAGGAUAUUUUCCCAGAGUCUCUUCGGUGGCUGAUGGCUACACAACAGUUUGAGGCAUCCAAGGAACUGAUCCUUCAGUUCACGCGCAAGAACAGGAUGAAUACGGAAAGUGACAUCAAAGGAGUGGUGCCUGAGCUGGAAAAGGAGAUCACCAGGAGACCGAAGAAAGUCUGCAUUGUUAAAGUGGUGGGAACAAGGAACCUGUGGAAAAACAUCGUGGUAUUGUGUGUGAACUCGCUGACUGGUUAUGGCAUACACCACUGUUUUGCGAAAAGCAUGAUGGGGCACGAAGCGAAGAUGGCCAUUACCCACAACUUCUAUGCGGACUACUACACCAUGGCCGGGAUUGCGCUGGCAUCCUGCCUGGCCAUGUGCCCGGUGGUCGGGUUUCUGGGGAGGAGAGGAGGACUCCUGCUUUUCAUGAUCCUUACAGCCCUGGCAUCGCUUCUGCAGCUGGGCCUUCUCAACUUGAUCGGAAAAUACAGUCAACUUCCAGACUCAGGUAUGAGUGACAGCGUCAAAGACAAAUUUUCUACCGCAUUUUCCAUUGUGGGUAUGUUUUCUUCGCAUGCCGUUGGAAGCCUCAGUGUGUUCUUCUGUGCUGAAAUCACACCCACAGUAAUCAGGGGAGGAGGGCUGGGGCUGGUCCUGGCCAGCGCGGGCUUCGGCCGCCUGACUGCCCCCAUCAUGGAGCUCCACAACCAGAAAGGCUACUUCCUCCACCACGUCAUCUUCGCCUGCUGUACGCUCAUCUGCAUCAUCUGCAUCCUGCUGCUGCCGGAAAGCAAGAACCAGAACCUGCCCGAGAACAUCCCGGAUGGGGAACAUUACACCCGGCAGCCCCUCCUGCCGCACAAGAAGGGGGAGCAGCCCCUGCUCCUGACAAACUCUGAACUCAAGGAUUACUCCGGCCUCCACGACUCGGCAGCUGUGAGUGACGGGAUCUCGGAGAACACCACUGCCAACGGGAUGAAGUCAAUGUAA